AUGCUUUUUCAAAAAUAUGUGAAUCCAUAAUAUUAUGAAAAUUUGAGAAGGUUUAAAUACAGUGGUCAGAAUCUUUCAAUUUUAUACAAUUGGAUUCUAGGGGAUCUUGCAUAAUGGGUGGUUGAUUAAUUGCCUAAAUCAGUAGCACCAAACCUUAUCACUAUUACAGGAUUCUGCAAUUUAUUAACAUCCUUUGUCCUGAUUUUCAUAUUGAAUCCAAUGUUCGAUUUGGAUUUACCUUAAUGGGCGAGUCUAUAUAUAGCUUGGACAAUAUUUGUGUAUCAGACAUUAGACAAUGCAGAUGGAAAAUAAGCCAGAAGAACAAAAUAAUCGACUGCUUUGGGAAUGCUCAUGGAUCAUGGCAGUGAUUGCACAGCUACUUGGAUAUCUGGAUUAUUGUACAUGAAUGCUUUCAAAAUUGUGUUUACUCCAUUUAACAUGUUAACAGCAAUAGGUGUAAGUUUCUUAGGGUUUUAUUUUGGUGUUUAUUGUUAAUAACACACAGGAGUAUUUUAAUUGGGAGUCAUUAAUGGAGUUGAUGAAGGACUACCUAUCCUAUAAUUAUUUUUCUUGAUAACUGCAUUCAAGUCCUCAUAAUUUUGGCUGAAUGAAAUUUAACUCACUAAUACUAUUUCAAUUCAAUACAAUACAGUGUUGCUAGUGAUCACUAUUACUGCAUCUAUUGUUACGAUCAUUUAAUUUUGUUACCCUGUAUUCAAGAAAAUGAAUUGGAACAUUCUAAAAAUUCUAUAAAGUCUCUCCUUACCUAUUACUUUAAUGAUAACCUUCGUUAGUUUGACCUAUCUAUCACCAACUAAUGUACUAUCAAAAUGGUUCCAUAUUUAUGUUGUGACUAUUGGAUUGCAGUGGUCAAAAAUGAUUAACUUAUGGUAGUUGGCAAUCAUUACUAAAGAAACUUUCAGUUAGUAUUCAAUCACAUGGGCUUUGACAUUGGGUUCGAUUAUGUUGAAUUUGAUAUCAUAGUUUUUAACAGCAGACGGUCUUUGCUAUUUUGAUGAAGUCAAAUUGAUCUUCGUCCUAUUAGCAUUCUCACUUUUAUCCUAUCUACAUUGUGUAACAAGUAUAGUUCGUGAAUUAUGUGAAAUCCUUGAUAUCUAUGCUUUUAGCAUAAAAUACCCAUAAUGA